AUGGAUAGUAGUAAUCCUGGACGAGCCAACAUCAGGACUGGACCCCGAGGCUCGCCGAAUUAUCUGGGGAAUCCUCCAGUGGAGUUGUUCGCUGUACAGGAAGAGAAACGAGAUCGAACGAUUCUUUUGACGACGCAUUACAUGGAAGAAGCGGACGUGCUGGGGGAUCGCAUCGCGAUAAUGGCCCACGGUCGACUGCAAUGCUUCGGGUCCUCCAUGUUCCUCAAGAAGCACUACGGGAGCGGCUACACCUUAACGGUCACAAGGACACCGGACUUUCAAGAACAGGAAGUCCUUUCCCUUUUGAAAAAAUACUCUCCGGAAGCAGAGCUAAAGAGCAGCGCAGGUAGCGAAGCAAGUUACAAGCUGCCCUCCUCCAUGGCGCAAGUGUUUCCUACGGUACUUGAAACCCUGGAGAAAUCCAAGGCCCAGCUCGGCAUCGGAAGCUUCGGCAUCUCCGUCACUACCCUCGAAGAUGUCUUUCUCAGGUUCCCAUCCGGUGUUCAAACAGGACGGAGUGAAGGAGGCGGUUUGAAAGACAUUCAAUUCUUCUUCAGAGUAGGGGAGGGAGCAGACGCUGAAGUAGGCAUCAAGCAGUCUAGAACCGGUCACACCGACAUCCAUCAUGCCAGCACCUCCAGGUUGAUCGCGAUGUAUGGGAAGAAGAGCAGCAUUUCCCUCUUUGUCCUACAAUUCAAGGCCCUUCUCACAAAAAAGUUCAUUUACCUCUCUCGAAAGUGGAAACUAAUGAUCGUCCUGGCCAUCAUACCUCUGGGGUUGGCCCUUGGAGCUAAGUUCUUCGUCAAAGACUUGACGGCCUCAAAUCCCAUGUUCAACACGUUGGAUAUGAAAGUUGACAUCUACGGGAAUACCUUUGUCCCAUAUGAAGUCUGGCCUGGUCUCAAUGAUACACUCAUGAAAUGCUUUCUCGAUGGAUUGCCGAGUAUCAGCUCGCCUGAGAUGUCAAUGGGACAGAACUUCCUCCAGUAUUUGUUAAAAAUCGGGACAGAAGAUUGGCUGAAGUACCAAUCUCAGUAUGUCAUCGGCGGAUCCCUAUCCAGGAAGGAAAGGAUGAUAAAUUGGACGCAGACAUUCACAGCCUUCUAUCAGACCGCCCCGCUACAUAGCAGCGGGAUCGCCGUGAACCACAUGAGCGACGCCAUGGCGAAGUUCAUCCUCGGGACGGAGCAUUCUAUCCUCGUAUACAACCAGCCUCUCCCAGACAGCUUCAGAGGCACUUUGGUCUCAGCAUUUCACCCCUUGACAUUCGCCAGCUUCCUCUGCCUGGGAAUGUCCCUCUUCGCCAGUUCCUUCGCCCUCUUCCCAGCAGAGGAGAACGAGUCCAAGCAACUCCAACUCAUGACUGGGGUCAGGUCCUUCAUCGCCAUCUCCAUCUUACGGGCGUUGGUCGCGAAUGUAGCACGAAAUGUGCGGCCGGAGUGGUACUGGGUGGCGCACUUGAUGGGGGAUGGGGUCGUCUUCCUCGUCGUUUGUGCCUUGGUUGUUGGGAUCAUGGGCGGAGUCGAUGCCGACGGCAUCUUUGCAGAUAGUUAUGGGGGUCUUGGCUCCUUUAUGGGAUUUCGGGGUCAGAAAAAAAUCCAUUAA